AUGAAUGAAAUUCGUUCUGAUCACUUCUGGGGAAGGGGAACAAAGAAACGUCGACUUCAGUACACGAGAUGGAUCGGCACGGCGAACGCGCUAACGGUCGGGCGACAUUUCACGGUACCUUUUCUCGAAUGGCUCUAUUUCAUGCCAGAUGUUGUAACGAUGGAUGUCGGAAUAGCAACGGUGAUCACAGAGACGAUCCUUAGUAUUCGAGCUGCUACCAUUGAGCUGCACUGGUUGUGUAGUCCAAUGAUCGUGGUCAACCAACGUCGGCUCUGA